AUGUCUGGUCGCGGAAAAGGAGGCAAAGGACUUGGCAAGGGAGGUGCGAAGCGACAUCGCAAAGUUCUUCGUGACAACAUCCAAGGAAUCACCAAGCCAGCAAUUCGUCGACUCGCUCGUCGUGGUGGAGUGAAGCGUAUCUCUGGGCUGAUCUACGAGGAGACCCGUGGUGUGCUGAAAGUAUUCUUGGAGAAUGUGAUUCGAGACGCUGUCACGUAUUGCGAGCACGCGAAGAGAAAGACCGUCACCGCAAUGGAUGUCGUCUACGCCCUCAAGCGCCAAGGACGUACCCUCUAUGGAUUCGGAGGAUAA